UUGAAAAAUGGCGUUUGCAAGUUCGAAAGAAGAUAUCAGUAAAAUGGAGUGCUGUAUCUGUACAGAGGUAUUUAGGGAACCAAGAUCAUUGAACUGUAGCCACAUUUUUUGUGAAACAUGCAUUCAGACAUGGGUAAUGAGGCUAUCCGCAGAUUCGCCACAGUUGCAGGGCAUUGAAUGCCCUUUAUGUCGGGAGGUAACGAAGCCUCCCAAAACAGGUCUACCACCGGAUAAAUGGGCUUCCUACCUACAAAGGGCAACAACAGGACAACUAGGGGAAAAACGUUUGACAAGGAUUGUUUAUUGUGAUCCGUGUAUGUUGGUUAACGAACGCAAUACUGCGGGGUACUGUUGCAUUGACUGUGGUGAGAAAAUUUGCAUUGACUGUGAAAAGACUCAUAAAAGAUUACGACCAACAAGAGACCAUAAGGUGUUUGAGCUGACCAUUGACAAUCAGCGCUCAGAACUUGAGCUGAUGCAGGAAAUACAAAAACUUCUGAUGUGUGACAAGCAUUCGGACAAGCCUAUUGAGCUUUACUGUGUAGGGGACGAGCAAGUGUUUUGUUCAACGUGUGCGUUUGACCACAGAUCAUGUUCGGAUGUACAGGAGAUCGAUAGCGAAUAUGAUCGAGGCAAACCAAUGCGCACAGUAAAAAAUAUAUUUACCAACAUGAAAGAAACUCUAGAUAAUUAUUCCAAAAUAUACACAUCGUAUGAAAAAGACCUUAAUGAGGAUCACUCAAAACUGAAAGCAGCUGUGCAUGAUGCUAAGGUUAAGCUGAUAAAGAACAUUGAGCGAUCAGAGAACAAUCUUAUUACAGAGAGCAAAGCAGCAACUGAUGCCUUUGUCCAUGGAUGUCGCAAUGAUCUCAAGGAAAUCAAGACUAGAUCAGAUUAUGUUAGUCUAUCAACAAAUACAGCCCAGUACUGCUUAAGGAAUGACAUCGGAAAGAAGGCACAUUUCAUUGUAAAAUGUAAACUCGAGAGACGACUUAAGCAGAUUAAUGAACGAACAGAGGAGCUUGGUGCAGACUUUGAUUCAAAGUUCAAAAGAUUAAAAUUAGUUGACAAUAUGGAUUAUGUUUUCCCGCAGACAGGUGUCCUAGGAAAGAUGGAGGAAUAUUCACAGAUAUUGGAAGUGCCCUCAUCCAAUGAUCUAAGAGAAAUGUCGGAAAAGAACAACUUAGUUCCAACAUUUGAUUUGGCUUCUCCUGCUGGACAACUCAGCAAGCAGAAGUCAUAUUUUGUUUCAUGUGACUUUUUCACUGAUGAAAUCGGUGUAUUUUCCGACCGGAGAAAUAAACGUGUUGUUAUGUACUCCAUCAACAACAACGAGAUUUUGGCUCAAUUAAAACCAAAAUCAAAUCCUUGGACAGUUGUAACAUCAGGUAAAGAUGUACUUGUUUCUUUCCCAGACGAAGAGAAAGUCGUUGUUUUUGACGAGCAUCUGAGGAAAACACGAGAUUUGCAUUUAAGAGGAAUGAGCGCCUCCUUCCAGUUAGAACUACCUGAUACAAUUUUUACAAUGAUACAAAGUGGCCCUGCAAAAUUUGAUUUGAUAUCUGGAAAACCCAAAGAGUGUCUUACUAGGAAUCUGGAAAUCGAAGAAACGCCGGACCACUUUCACCUUGACGAAGAACGAUUGUAUUGGUCAUGCGAAAGAAACACAUUCAUUGCUUAUGAUAUUGAAAAUGAUGUAAAAGAAUUUGAGUACAGUCCCUCAAAUUUGGUAUGGCCAACAGGAAUAGACACCGACUUUGAUGGAAACAUAUACAUUUGUGGAUUGAAAUCAAGGAACAUACACGUUUUAGAUGACGAUGGAACGCUGCUCCGAGUGUUUGAUCUAUCCAGCUAUAACAUAUCGCCAACAUUUAUUCGCGUCAGUGAAAAUGGGGAAGACGUUAUUAUUCUAGGAGAUACUAAUAAUACUGGACCGUUUUUCUUUAAACUUAAGUAAUCAAAUGACAGUAUUAAUCUUGAACCAGAUUUGAUUUAGUGUUCGUGUUUUUUCUGUCGGUGAUAAGACGUCAGUAUAGCAAUGCUCGAGUUUUUCCUGUUGUCAAUACACUUAUUGAAAGUCACCAUUUACAGUGAAACUCGUAUUUAAAAUCAAUACAUACACAUGUAUAACACACAUGAAUUUUCAGUGAUAUAUCUUUAAUUACUUACUAAAUAAUGCAUAUAUGGAAAAUAUCAUUUUCUGAUAACAAGAGUAAAGACUGUUACCAUGUAUUUAAUAGCUGAAAACGCACAAAUAUUAAAUGAUUGGUGAGUGCUAAAAGAUUGACAGUGAUCAACUAUCAUCUCAAAACAUGUUUUCUGCAUCUUUCUUUCAAAUAAAACACACUAUCCUUCAUCAGAACCAUUGUUUUCGAUAUGUAUUCAUCAUUUUCGGUAAAUUAAAACAUUUGUAUUAAUUGCGGUACAUAUUAUUUGGGAGUAGUGUGUAUCUUUAAGAUGGAAAGGUAAUGAUGGCUAAGUUUAUAUGUACAACUAACACAUGUAAAUACCUGUGUAUACAGUAGGGCAUUGAUGGGGAAAAUGUACCAGGGUACCUGAUCGUCAAUUGCCUGCGGGGAUCUGGGUACCCGUAGAAGAAACAUGACUUAUAAUAGUAACUAUAUGUGAUCUGAAACAAAAACAAGUAAAGUUUGGAAGUUUUUUUACCGUUUGUCUUUGUUCAUGUAACUCAUAAAUGUUGUGGAAAGUUAUGUAUAAAAAUACAAACAAAUAAGAACCACCUGAUUAAUGGUUGACGUAGAACUACCCAAAUCACAAAACAUUAGAUGGUAUUGCUGCAUUGGUCGAUAGGGGUGCUACACUUGUAGACAGUGUGUCCACCAAAACGUACCCGUCUGUGCCCUGGUAUACAGAGAAAUAAAACUCAACUCUGUUUGUUUCAAUUUUGUUUUGUUCAUAAUGUUGUUAUGGAAAGCCUAAACGACAUCCUUUUUGUAGUACAUUGUAUACGUGCAUACUUACUUAUUGUUUAAUGCUUUUCGCUAUCUGUAGCGUUCGAAAAAAAAAAAUGACUACAAGGAAGAUAACUCGGAAUUAGCGAGCGGUUAUCGCAACAAUUAUUAAAACAUAUUUAGCAAACAUGAAAACAGUAUUAAGCAAAACGAGCUACAAUGGGGUAAAUGUGAAGAGAGCCUCGGAGUUGAUAGGCCAUGGACGUGACAAAUAGCAAACUGCAGUAAACAACUGUAAGUAACAAAACCAGUGUUGUUCCAGCUGUCCAUACAUUAGAAUACAGUGAAGUGUGUUUUGGGCGUUUUCUGGUAUUUGCUCUUUUUUCAUCCAUUGCAUUUAUGGAAUGUCAAAUUGUCAAACGAGAAUAAGAUGAUAUAUAUAUUGUAUGACUAAAGUCUUAUGGAUAAAAC